GAGGAAAAGUCGGAUUGGAGAGGAAGGAGAAGUGGAAGACACGCUGAGGGAGGAAAAAGGGUCAGGAAGACGAAACGGAGUCAAAUUGGGAGAGGCGCUUGCACAAACGAAUCGGAGCAACUUUGGUGACAAAGUGACGCAGCGCCGGAUUUUUGUUGUUUUUGGACGAGAUCUCAAACAUUUUCAACACCUCACACACUUUUUUUUUUUUAUACAAACGACUAUUUGUUUUUGUUAAUUUUUUGUGUGUGAGUGGUUUUCUGUCACGUUUGGAGGUUUUGAACAGACAGGUGUGUUUUGGGACUGCGCGUAAUUUGGACGGCGUUGCCACAUUGCGCCAGGAUGCGCGUCUGUCUUCUGCUGGCUUUCCUGGUUCUGAUGAGCGCAGGGCACGCUCAAAAGUUCUCCGCUCUCACGUUCCUCCGGGUGGAUCAGGACAAAGAGUGCAACAUGGAAUGCAGCAGAGCUCCACGCAAACCCUUGUGCGCCUCAGAUGGCAGGACCUUCACAUCUCGCUGCGAGUUCCUUCGAGCCAAGUGCCGCGACCCCCAGCUGGAGGUCAUCCGAGGGCCAUGCAAAGAUACUUCCAGAUGUGUAGCAGAGAAGAAGUACACGGAGCAGCAGGCCAAGAAGCUUUUCCCUCAGGUUUUUGUGCCAGUAUGCAACCCUGAUGGCACAUACAGUGAGGUACAAUGUCACAGCUACACUGGAUACUGUUGGUGCGUCACCCCAAAUGGCAGGCCGAUCAGUGGCUCAGCUGUGGCCAACAAAAAGCCUCGAUGCCAAGGGUCCAAACAAGAGCGAGCUACCACAAGAGAGCCAGGAAAAGAUGAGACUGGCUUAGUGGUGGAUCCACAACCCCCUGCAGAUGAAGAAGACAUCAUUUCCCAGUACCCCACUCUGUGGACGGAGCAGGUCCGCAGCCGGCAGAACAAUCGAACCAAAGCACCAUCUUCAUCAUGUGACCAGGAACAACAGUCCGCACAAGAGGAGGCGAAGCAGCACAAGAACGAUGCGGUAUUUGUUCCAGAUUGUGGCCAAGGCGGAUUGUAUAAGCCGGUCCAGUGCCACCCCUCGACGGGCUACUGCUGGUGUGUCCUGGUAGACACAGGGCGGCCUAUACCUGGUACUUCCACGAGGUACGAACAGCCAAAGUGCGACGUCAACGCAAGAGCACAUCCGACAAAACCAAAGGAUCAUUACCGAAGCAGACAUCUACAAGGUUGUCCUGGUACAAAGAAGACGGAGUUUCUGACAAGUGUUCUUGAUGCACUAUCGACAGACAUGGUUCACGCCGUCACAGAUCCAGCAUCUGCCGGAAAGGUGGUGGAGCCCGACCCCAACCACACUCUAGAGGAGAGGGUGGUCCACUGGUAUUUUGCUCAGUUGGAUAAAAACUCCAGCGGUGACAUUGGAAAGAAAGAGAUCAAGCCAUUCAAACGUUUCCUACGCAAGAAAUCCAAACCCAAGAAGUGCGUCAAGAAGUUUGUGGAGUAUUGUGACAUCAGCAACGACAAAGCCUUGUCCCUGCAGGAGCUGAUGGGCUGCUUGGGGGUGACCAAGGAGGAAGGGGCCAAAACGGGAGAAGGCUCAUCUCCCAGUAGACUUCACCCCUCGAAGAAACAAGGCUAAAACAGCAACCGGUGAUCUGCCCUGACCAAUCGGCAACAACGGAAACCAUAGUAUUUGCACUUUGUACUUUAAGUAAAAUGUAAAUUCACUUUUGUAGAAAUAAGGUAUUUAAACAGACUGCUGAAUCUGUGAAUGUUGUAGUUAGCUCUUAUUGUGUUCUGACAAGAAAAAAAAAUAUUAACACAUACAAUGUAUGUGUACUUUGUGUGUCUGAGUUGUACAAGUUUUCGUGUUGACGUGUUCUCUUGUGUCGAUGGCUGACGUAUGGAUAGUUUCGCAGAUUCCGCACAUUCAUUUGGAACGUAGUAUCUUUUCCUGUGUUAUUAACGGCAGCUUGUUUCAAACACUAACCAUGUGAAACUUGCUACAAAUCCCCAUGUAUUCUUGUUUAUUAUAAAUAAAGAACUGUUUUAUACAUCAUUUGUUUUUUGGCGUGUCUGGCCCUCCGCUAAUUGCAUUGGGUAAUGUUUUUAUGUGUGUCAAUCUAAUCCAAUUAGACGUCUUGAGUUAUUUAGGUAUGUAACAUAAUUUGCU